AGUAGCUCACCACAUAAACAACGCAAGCAUUAAAUAAAAACAAAAAUCAAAUCUCCUUUCUAAACUUUCCACUGCCUAUUUAUGAUCAUCCACACACAUUGUUCUAUGUUCUGCCCUCUGAGAUCUCAACGCUAUGGAUCCUACAUUCUCAGAGAAGAUAGACGCCAUCAAGAAAUCCAAGAACAAAAAAGAAUUGUUCCUCCUAGGUAUUAUUAAACUUAUGUUAUCUGUCUUCUCCAUUGGCCUCUUUCUCUCAAGCCCCAAUUGGCUUCCUUCUAUCAUCCCCAUCAUUAAGAAAAUGGAGGCAAAUGCUUUCGGCCCGAAAGGGAUUUUCGUUGUCUGCAAUAUAAUCGUCCUCAUCCUCGUAAGAGAAUCGAAGCUCUCGAAGUCUUCCAUGCGGCCUGACAUUCAUCAGGAGUAUGUUAACAGAAACAGAAACUUUCAAAAAAUGUCUUGUAGAAGAUACAAUGAUGAAGCUGAUAUAAUGUUUGGAAAGAGGAAAGGAGCAAUGGAAGAAGAAGAAGACGAUGGUGACAACGAUGAAGAUGACGGAAAUGAAGAAAUGGAAGAGCUGAACAAGAGGGUGGAAGAUUUUAUAGAAAGGGUGAAAAAGCAGAGGAAGCUUGAAGCUCAAUUGAUAGAUUUGCUGUAGCUGAGAGAGAGAUAGAGAGUUUUUAGUAUUAGUUGGAAUUAGCUGAAAAUUGCUUAAAUAUUGCAAAUUUAGCCUUGUGGUAGUCAUAUAUAGCUGUUAUAUGUUAUGAGUGAAAUUAAUGUUUGCUCA